GUACAAAACUCAGCCAAACCCGUAUAUAUCUUCGGUUGACGAGCGUCAACAGCGUCACCGACUUGAGAAAUAAUCUAUUUCAGCCAUGUUCCAACUCAUUGCGAUUGCCGCCUGUUUUGCGAACGUCCUAGCGGGCGACCACUAUGGAGGUCACUCGGCUGCCGCAGUACAGCAGGACGAUUACGGCAACUAUGAAUUCAAAUAUAAUAUCAAGGACGGCUAUGGAAAUAUAAGGGGGCGUCAGGAGAAGGCCUCGCACGGCCUUGUCGUAGGGUCAUACUACCUUGGAGAGAUUGACGGAAGACACCGCAGCGUUGAGUACCAGGCCGACAAGUUGGGCUUCAGGGCUAACGUUAAGACUAACGAGCCUGGCACGAAGAGCAGCGAACCCGCAUUCGCUAGCUACCAUAAUCACCUCUACGGAAAGUCUAUUCCUUCGGGAUCGAUCCAGAUUUCUCACGGUUACGGUUACGGCCUUGGAGCUUAAUCUUAUCCACAUUACUAUACUUGCAUAGAGAUUACGGUGGAUCCAAAGUGAUACCCCUAGGAAACAUCUGCUUUCAAAGAUCCCUAGCUAUAUAACAACCCUGGCUAAUUUAUAACAAUAUUCAUACGCAUACUUCGAAUCUCAGACCUCACUUGAGUGUAGUAAGGCUCCUCUAGUCCUCACGACAAAUUCUAACAACGUUUUAUUUUUGUAUAUUAUACGUAUUUACUCAGUAAAUAAACAAUUCUUUACUAACCAAAA